AUGAAGGAACUGCGGUAUGUAUAUGAUAGAUACGAUGAGGAGAUGUGUCAGCUACGGUCUGCGAGCAAGUCAGGGAUAGAUGUUGUGGAAGUGUUUGUUGAACAUGAAUGCUCAGAACACAUAUCUGGUGUGAUUGAGCUUAAGGACAACAAACAAGAUGAUGCAGAAUGUCGUGAUGAAGAGGAAGAACACAGUGAGAAUGAUGAAGUCGAUAGACCUAAAGAAGACGACGAGCCAGAAGAAUCAGAAGAUGAGAAUCCGGCUGAAAAAGAAACGGGUGAAGAAGAUAAUCCGACUGUGAAUCCUCUUGACAAUGAAGCUGGCAGUAACGAAAAUUUGAAUGAUAAUGACGAAGCUGGUGAUGAAGUUGUCGUUGAUGUAAUAGAUGGUGCUAGAGAUGUUAGGUUUCUGUCUGUCUUUGAGGAAGGACAAAAAAUAGUGCCAGAUAAAGAAGCAUAUGGAAAUGGUCUACAAGAAGAAGAAAAAGAUGAUGAUAGUGAAGAUGAGAGGGCACCAGAGUGA